AUGAACCAUACACCGUACGCCAAUCCCUUCACGGAGCAGCUAUCAGAUCUCGUGGCGAGCCCAUCUUCCUCUCGCCUUCUCUAUCUUCUCCCGCCCUGCCUUAUCUUACUCGCCAUUGAUGUCGUCGUCCGUCUAUCGUCGCCCAAUCGCCAGAUCGAACCCCCCGUGGAGAUAGUCGAAUCGCCCAGCAUGAAGAUGCAAAGGCGAAAGGAGGAUUUCAAGCGGCUGAGUGAGCGUGCGCACCAGGUCCUCGCAAAUUUUCGGGAACUCGAUAAGCGGCUGUUGGUGGAUGGCGUACGGUCCAAGGACGCACACCGGCUUCUCCAAAGGCAGCGGAACUUCGCACAUCAUCGCAAACGCCUCGCUGUGUUCCACGCAACGCUAUCACACCCUUCACCUGCCCUCCCACUCUCCCCAGCAUGCCCCUUGACAACCUCCCCCGCACCUACCCCCGCACCUAUCCCGAAGAAGCCCGAACUCGUGGGCAAGCCCUUCCAGUCCUUCUGUGAACGCCUUUUGACACAGAACAAGAUCUGGAAGCAGGAACGGCAGAUCAGAGCCCUGCAGCGCUCCCUUGACACCGUGCGCUCGUCGACCUGCUCAAACGCCUUCACCGCCUUCUGCGAUCGCCUUUUGCUGUCGAACACCAUUUGGAGGUUGCAGCGCGAGCUCGGGCAGCUUGUGAGCGAGACGGAGAAGCUGAAGAGGUCGCGUGUUGCAGCCGUUAUCCGCGCCGCGAAGCAGAUGGUCGUGGAUGUGCGGAGGGAGCGCAUGACGGAGGAGUUUGUGAAAGAGCUCAUCGCGGAGUUGGACGAGUGCCGCCUCAAGAUGGCUAACCUGAGGGAAGAGCAUGAGAAGGAGAUGGCGGAGAUGGCAGGUGACUGGAGGAAGGAUUGCCGUCGGCUUUCGCGGGAGGUCGAGCGGUUGAAACUCGCGCAGGACGCAUAUCUCUGGGAGCAGGAGCUGUCGAACGGCUUGGAAGACGAACUCAUGACGAGGCUGGCACUCAGCGAAUGGCGAUUCGACCCGGUUGCUGGAAGCAGCGUGCCGGAACUCGACGAAGACACGGAAACUCUCUCGGAAGGAGAGUCGGAGCAGAUGUCCAUCAUGUCCAACACCUCGACCUCGACGUUCGUGGGUUCCGCCGGCGUUCCAUCGCCCAGCAGGAAGCUCUCCUUCGAGGAGAGCACGCCCAGCAAGCGGCAUCGCCGUGCGCAGCUCACGCCGCUGAAGAUCGUCCUCCGCCAAUCCUCUUCCUCCUCCCUAUCCAUUGCCAACUCGCCUCACUCUGCCAUAUCCUCGCCUGGAACGUACGAACCAGCUUCGUAUGUUGGCUUCUCGUUUAAUCCUAUCUUCUUCGCGAAGAAGAAGGAAGACGACGACACGCCGACUGGUGUGCGCACCAGGGCGAUCUCCCUCCCAUCCCACAACACAGGCAAGGAGAAGGCCUCAUCGCAACCGAAACGCGUACAAUGGAGGUUCUAA